AUGGCGGCCAGAAGCAUAAUAUUAACCCUUUUUAUUGUAGCCACCGGAGUCCUGUCCGGCUAUGCAGACGCUCAGAACUGUGGCUGUGCCGCAGACCUGUGCUGUAGCCAAUACGGCUACUGUGGCACAGACGAUGCCUACUGCGGCAAAGGCUGCCAGUCAGGGCCUUGCAAGACGCCGGCUCAAACACCGAGUACCAACGAUGUGGUGGUGGCGGAUAUUGUAACGCCCGAAUUCUUCAACGGGAUAAUUGAUCAGGCGGACGCAAGUUGUGCCGGCAAGAACUUUUACUCCCGAGCUACCUUCCUUGAAGCUCUCAAUUCCUAUAAUCAGUUCGGUAGGAUUGGUUCCGUUGACGACUCUAAGCGUGAGAUUGCUGCUUUCUUUGCCCAUGUCACCCACGAGACUGGACAUUUUUGCUACAUAGAAGAGAUAGAUGGAGCCUCAAAAGACUACUGUGAUGAGAACAACACACAAUAUCCAUGCAACCCAAACAAAGGGUACUAUGGGCGUGGACCUAUCCAACUAUCAUGGAAUUUCAACUACGGUCCGGCCGGAGAGAGCAUUGGGUUUGAUGGACUAAACUCUCCUGAAACCGUGGCCAACGACCCUGUCAUUGCUUUUAAAACGGCGCUGUGGUACUGGAUGAACAACGUUAGGCCGGUCAUCGCUGAAGGUUUCGGUGCAACCAUUCGAGCCAUCAAUGGUGCGCUUGAAUGCGAUGGUGGAAAUCCUGCUACGGUUCAGAGACGUGUUGAGUAUUACAAAGAAUAUUGUAACCAACUUGGUGUUGCUCCUGGUGACAAUCUCACCUGCUAGUUACUAUAUACUAGCUUAACUAGGAUCCUAGGAUCAUUUUUCUCCUUUCAUUCUUGUUUUCUUCUUGUCAAAUAAAAAUUUAUGGACGACGUGAAUAAAUGAAAAACAGGAUUAUAAUUUA